AUGUUCUGCAAUUAUGGCCAACUUGUUGCUAAGCACCAGGCCAUCACUGAUAAGAUGUAUGAACAAAUCACGAAGCUUUCAAGAAAAGAAAUGGUCCGUUAUAAAAUCAAUUUGACCAUUCAAAAGUAUGCCGCCAUUUACUCGUUGGAGCGCAAUCCGAGAAGAACUUUGGGAGACGAUUUCUACGACGAAAUCUCAAAAAUAAUCAACGAAGAUAUGCCGGGCUAUCGCUAUUCAAAGAAUGAUAUUUUGGCAAAUUUGUCGCUAUUUCGUUCCGUCGAAGAUGCGAUCGUUGACAAGCCACAUCUUGCCAAAGAAUGCCGCCGUAUUCGAGUGAUGAUGGACUUGACUGACUACUACUUGGAAUCGACAACGAAUAGUCGCGAAUCGCAGAUGUCCCGUUUUCAAGCUGAAGAAUAUGAUGCCGAUGACGAGUCGGAGACCGACCAGGAGGAUGAAUGA